UGCCCGCCCCAACUCCUCGGGGAGGAAGGGCUGUUACCAUCACCCCCUUAUCUCGAGCGGGGCUGGGCUGGGCGCAGACCACCUUCCGGCCCCUCAGCGAGGCCGAAUGCCGGUGGCCGCCAAUUCGCCACCCCGCACGGUGCAGCAGCCCGACUCCCGCCCCUUCUCUGCCACCGCCCGCCUCCGGGACCGGGACCCCGCCAAGCCCCACCACCACCCAGGGGCCGUCGGCGCCGACGAGCGCCAGGAGCCCCAGCGUCACGGCCAGGCCGGCGGGGAAGCGGCGGGGCGGACGGGCGGUAGUGGUGGCGGCAGAGCGGCGGCUCCUUCCGGCGCCCCUUCGCCAGCCUCUUUGCUCGCCUUCUUGCCGCCCUCGCCGCCGCUACGUCCCGCUGGGGGCCCUUCGUCGCCGCCGGAGCCCCCCCGGACUCGCUCCCGUUCUCGCUCCGGUUUCUUCAGCCUCCUCGCCAUGAACGGCGGCACCACCGCUACAGCCGCCACCGCCGCCACCGCCGCGCACUUCCAGCCGCCGCUUCCUGCCCCACCGCAUCUCCAUGGGCCGAGCCUGCCCGAGUUAGGCGCCCGCAGCCAAGGCAGGGGCAGCCCCGCUGGACACGGGCACCCUCGAGCCCCUCCGGGUGCCCGGGCGCCCGCACCAGGUGGUAUUGGUGCUUCCUUCCAGUGCCAGCUGAUCCAUCAAGACCACAUCUGCACUGAUGACAGUGACAAGAGCGAAGAUAGUCCAAGUCCCAAGAGACAGCGCCUUUCUCAUUCAGUCUUUGACUACGCAGCAGCAUCACCAGCCCCAUCACCACCAAUGCGACCAUGGGAGAUGACAUCAAAUAGGCAGCCUCCUUCAGCUCGACCAAGCCAACAUCACUUCUCAGGGGAACGAUGCAACACACCUGCGCGCAACAGAAGGAGCCCUCCUGUUAGACGCCAGAGAGCAAGAAGAGAUCGACUGUCUCGACAUAAUUCCAUUAGUCAAGAUGAAAACUACCAUCUUCCUUAUGGACAGCAACAAGCAAUAGAAGAACCACGAGCCUUUCACCCACCAAAUGUGUCUCCCCGUAUGUUGCACCCAGCUGCUCAUCCGCCACAGCAGAAUGCAGUCAUGGUUGACAUCCAUGAACAGAUUCACCAGGGCACGGUCCCUGUUUCAUAUACAGUGACCACAGUAGCCCCACAUGGGAUCCCACUUUGCACAGGCCAGCACAUACCAGCCUGCAAUACGCAGCAGGUCCCAGGGUGUUCUGUGGUUUUCAGUGGGCAGCACCUUCCUGUCUGCAGUGUGCCUCCUCCAAUGCUUCAAGCUUGUUCUGUUCAACAUUUGCCGGUUCCAUAUGCAGCUUUCCCGCCCCUCAUUUCUAGUGAUCCAUUUCUUUUACAUCCUCCACACCUCUCCCCACACCAUGCUCCACAUUUGCCACCUCCAGGCCAGUUUGUUCCUUUUCAGACACAGCAAUCGCGAUCGCCUCUCCAAAGGAUAGAAAAUGAAGUAGAGUUACUUGGAGAUCAUCUUCCCGUAGGAAGUUUUACCACCUAUCCACCUUCAGCCCACCCACCAACAUUGCCUCCCUCAGCUCCCCUUCAGUUCCUAGCACAUGACCCUUUACAUCAAGAGAUGUCAUUUGGAGUACCUUAUCCACCCUUUAUGCCUCGAAGACUCACAGGGCGCAGUCGAUACCGAUCUCAGCAACCAAUUCCGCCUCCCCCUUACCAUCCCAGCCUAUUGCCAUAUGUGCUAUCAAUGCUUCCUGUGCCACCUGCUGUUGGGCCAGCCUUCAGUUUUGAGCUGGAUGUAGAAGAUGGUGAAGUAGAAAACUAUGAGGCACUGCUGAACUUGGCUGAAAGACUGGGUGAGGCCAAACCAAGGGGUUUGACAAAAGCAGAUAUUGAACAACUUCCGUCUUAUAGGUUCAACCCAAAUAACCAUCAGUCGGAACAGACUUUGUGUGUAGUAUGCAUGUGUGACUUUGAGUCAAGGCAACUGCUUAGAGUUUUACCAUGUAACCAUGAGUUCCAUGCCAAGUGUGUCGACAAAUGGCUUAAGGCAAAUCGUACCUGCCCUAUCUGCAGAGCUGAUGCUUCAGAAGUGCAUCGUGAUUCAGAAUGACCAGUCUAAGAGCACAAUUCUACUUUGGGUGUUCCUAGUCACAUGUGUGUAUAUAUAUAUAUGAACUCUCCAUUGAACUUAACCCGUGUGGCUUCCAGCCUUCCCUUUACACAAAAGGGUCAAUGGACCUUUCUUUGCACUGUGUGAUUUAAUCAACUAUAAAGCUUAUAAUUAGUCUUCACAAUUAUGGGAUUGUUAUACUAACUGUGUGAUUGGAACUCCAAAGAUUUUUUUUUUCUUUUAGCUUAAUUUCGUGUGUGCACUAACAUUCCCUGGUUUUUGUGUGAUCAUUCCGAGUGUUGCUGCGAGAUUACAGUGGAACGUGAUCUUCUAGCAUGUGCUUUUAUAUAAAAAGUGGUAGCUCCAAACAAUAUAGCAAUCUACCUUAUAUAGAGCCUUCAAAUACUGUGAGUGAGAAUAAAUGGUGCGGGUGGGUGCGUUGAUCGCAGGAUGUCUGUUAUGUAUGCAGGCGAGCAAGAGUUUGGCGAUAGCGUGUGAGAGGACUUAUAUACCAGCAUGUACUGAGGAUGUAUGUGUGUAGUAUUAAUUAUGCUGCAAUGUAUAAUCUUGUGUGUUAUUUAAACAGUACUAGUACUGUACACUGGUUUCUUUCCUUGCGUUUGCAGUUGCACACUGAAUGCAAAGGGUGCAGCAAUUAUAGACAUUUGAUAUUUCAUCCCCCAUGUAUUUAAUAGUAUAAAAGGUCCUUUUUGCUUUUAUCCAGAUAAAUAUUAUGCUUCCCAUUAAUUGGGGGUCCUAUAUCUGUCAUUAUAGAGCAUAUUGAUUCUCAGUUACAAUUAAUUAGCCUUAAUUUUAGGCUGCUGGAAUUUCUACAUUAAAAAAAACAAAAACCUUGCAGCUCACUGCUAACUGUAUAAGGAGUUGCAGCAUUGCACAGUCAGGUAGCAAUAUUAAAAAUUCUCAACUGAUAACGGAAAAGCCGAUUGUCCUCUCUCUUUUUUUAAAUUUUUCCAAUCAAUAUUGGUUCUUUUUAAUUGAACUUUGGAAUACGUUGUUUUUAAAUUACAGAGUGUGGAGAUAACUUUGUUUUGAGGUGUUUUUUUUUAAUUUUUUGUCUAUAAAUACAGAAACAGAGAGGAUCUUCAAAUCUUGUGCAAAUGCUUCUUGUAUUGUUGGCAAUAUAUUUGCUUAAAUAUACAGAUACACUGGCACUAAUUCACAUUCCUUGCCAUAUACAAGCUACCAUAUACAAUACCUUUUAAAGAUUUUUCCCCCUUUUUCAAAGCCUUCAGUUUUGUGAACAAAGUAAACCCUUAGCACUUUCUUAGAGAUAGAACAUUGUGGUUCUCCAUCUUAGCCAUGGUACCAUGUUCACCUUCUACUGCCUGGCAAGUGUCACAAAUGCAGUUUCUAGCUUGCUACACUGGGUAGCAAGUUUUUGUGUGGAUGUUAAAGCAUCCUCAGUAUUGUAUGGAUAGUAUGAAGAAUAUUCAUGGUCAAGAAUGGGGUAUACGAAACAAGAAAAAAAAAAACCUAAAUGCUGUGAAUUUGGAGUUGACCUCCUUUCAACUGCCUUCUGAAUAAUGUAGUGGUAAAAUUGGCAUCACUUAACAUUCUGGACUUGGUGUUUAACUUUUUUUACAACAAAGGAAACAGUUGUCUACCCAUGGCUACAUGAUUCUCCAAGAGAGGAACAUUUAUUUCUGGAUUUCAUUUUUAAGCGCCAAAACCUUUGAUUGCAACGGCACAAGCGCUGCAGCUAUCGCUGCAAGUCAGCUUUCUGGAUCUUGUGUGUCUUUUCUGAUGCUUUAUAUGCUGCUAUAUAUUGAAUCUCUUUAUUCCUCCAGAACAGUGUUGGUUGUGAAUCAUCCUCCUUCCUCAAAGCUCUGAUGACUAAUUGCAGUGUGUGGUUCUACAAAUUAAAAAAAAAGCACAAGUCCCAUCAACCUUCCUUGUUUCAGAUACUGUUUGCCUCUGUUUAGUAACUUAGACGCCUUAGUCUGUCCAUAGUGUCAGGAACUGUAAUCUGUGUGACAGAUUUUACAUGUUACAAUUUUUCUCUUCAAUGUGCUCUAAGAAAUUGUCUCAGUGUGUUGAAAAGUUUAAAUUAUUGCACAUGGUAAAUUUUAUUUUUUUAAGCAAACAAAAUCAUGGGUCGGGAAGUGGGAGGGAAGCCACACACGUUUUACAGAAACUCUGGAUCUUUUUUAUAUUGCUGGAUUUUCAGAAAAAGAAAAAGAAAAAAGAAAAAAUCACCACACAGAAUUACCAUACUACUACCCUGCUCAUUGUCCGCUGAGUAUCCACUCGGCGUAAAGCUUGCUUUGGUAAAAGUAAAAGACGUUUUCUGGAACACAGUGAUGAGGCACAUUAGUAUCUUAAUUCCGAGCAAGGGCCUUCCAGCCCUCCUUCUGGAUCCAAUAUUGCAGUGCAGCGCCUGUCCCUUGACUCCCCGUUUUGUUUGAAGAACACUGUUGAUGGAGGGAUAAGACUGCAGGAGGGGAACUAUUCUGGUAGCAUGCUCAAGUUAAUUGUUGCACUCUUGUGGCAGAUCUUUUUGAAUGACUUGUUCGCUUGGGACUCUUGCAAAUGUGUGCAGGUUUGCUUCCUGUGGUUAGGUUUGUGUGAGACACAUGUGCAUGUGUUUUGAACCAACUCAAAGCUGGCUGCCAUGGCAUUCUGAACCCAUUUUGCAGCUGGCAGACGAGAGGGGGAGAUCAUUCUUUGCAGUAAACUGCCAUGCAUUAUGCACAUUGACACAUCUGAUUCUACAGCCCUCGAUGCCUGACAGCACCUAAUUAUACUAUUGGGUAGCCUCUUCCCCCUUAUCCCUACCUCUCCCUAAUGGAAAAAAAAUUAAAAUAAAGUUGGCUUUAUCAUGUUGGCACUGCUGGGGUUUUAUUUGCAUGAAUUGUCAACUUAAUUUGACCUCCUGGCUUUUUAAAAAA